CUGUACUGUGUCCGCAGUCUCUGGUCAUCUCCUGUACUGUGUCCGCAGUCUCUGGUCAUCCCCUGUACUGUGUCCGCAGUCUCUGGUCAUCCCCUGUACUGUGUCCGCAGUCUCUGGUCAUCCCCUGUACUGUGUCCGCAGUCUCUGGUCAUCCCCUGUACUGUGUCCGCAAUCUCUGGUCAUUCCCUGUACUGUGUCCGCAGUCUCUGGUCAUCCCCUGUACUGUGUCCGCCGCAGUCUCUGGUGCGUCUUAUG